AUGUCAGCUAAAUAUUUAACAUAUUAUGAUGCCGAUGUAGACUUGGAGGAUGUUGAACUUUUUGAAGAUGGACGUUGGCUUAAUGACAAAUGUAUCGAUUUAUUUAUAGAAUACCUUGAACAUAAUGUAACUUCAAAAGAUGAUAUUUCUCGAUCGAGGGUUUUUCUUCUUAGGGCUGCGCUCACUUUUUUGAUAUCCAAUAUUCAAGACUCUACAUUUCUUGCCGGAGCACUUCCUAAACAGAUCUUUACGGCGCAAGUUAUAUUUAUGAUAGUAAAUGACAAUGUUGAUGUGACUAAAGCUCGUGGUGGAAAUCACUGGAGCUUCUUAAUAUUUAUUAGAAAAACUAAUAAAUUCCUGCAUUAUGAUAGUGCUAAUGGAAUGAAUACAGGUGUUGCUAAAUAUAAUGCAAUGAAAAUUGCUAGUGUACUUAAUGUUACUGGAUCGUCAUUUCAUAAUAUGAAAACACCUCAUCAAGAGAAUG